AUGGAGAAUGAAACUGAAGUGACACAGUUCAUCCUCUUAGGGUUGUCCAGUGACCCCUGGAUCCAGCCUGUGCUCUUUAUAAUCUUCCUGCUGAUUUAUCUAAUAACCCUGUUUGGCAAUACGAUUCUCAUUUUGGCUAUAAGAGUUGACCCUCACCUUCACAUUCCCAUGUAUGUUUUCCUUUCUCAUUUAGCUUUCCUAGAUAUAGCAUUUUCCUCCGUCACUCUUCCUAAAAUGCUAGAAAACUUCCUGAUGGAGAGAAAGGGGAUUUCAGUGCAGAGCUGUUUUACCCAGGUCUUCUUUGUCAUGUGCCUUUCCGUGGGAGAGGGUCUUCUCCUUUCUGUGAUGGCAUAUGACCGCUACACAGCUAUCUGCCACCCCUUGCAUUACAUGGUGAUCAUGAGCAAACAGGCUUGCGCUUUGCUGGUGUAUAGUGCCUUAUUCACUGGCUUUCUCUAUGCACUGCUCAAUACUCUUCUGCUGACAGCUUUGCAUUUCUGUGGGCCCAAUGUGAUCCAUCACUUCAGCUGUGAGGCCCCUCAACUGUUUCAACUAUCCUGCAGUAACACGCUGAGAAACCAAAUGGUGAUUUUCACCCUUGGCUCACUGUUAGGGAUGGGGGCUCUUCUGAUUACAUUGGCUUCGUAUGUUCACAUCAUCCAUGCUAUCUUAAGGAUCCAGUUAAGGGAAGGGAAAUACAAAGCCUUCUCCACUUGCACAUCACAUGUGACCAUUGUGGUGCUGUAUUAUGGAACUAUUUUCUUUAGGUACCUGAAGCCCUCUUCCAAGGAGUCACCUAAUCAGGAAAUGGCACCGUCUAUUGUUUAUUUCAUUGUGACACCAAUGUUAAACCCCAUUAUCUAUAGUCUCCGUAACCAAGAAGUGAAGAGGGCAGUUCUUAAUAUGAUGUACACAAAAUUAAAGAAUGAUAACGUGUGA